AGUUUUAUUCUUGUGUGUUUGUAUUGUUUUAAUUUCCGAGAGGGUGUCGAAAAAGUCAUUUAGACGAAAUGCGUCCACCCAAUGUGCUGUGUAACCCGUCUCAAUAUAUAGAUUUGUCUAUUACUACUCAUUCGUCUGAAAAUUCUUUUCGUCGCGACUACUUUUUGUGAGCACACGAAACAGAACAUGUCUCGCUGGUGCUGCCCUGCGGCGCCUGGCUGGCUGCCCAGGCUGUGUAUACCUGGGGUCGGUUGCGGCGGCAGAGCCAGGUGACGGCGGAUCACUUGCACCGGACCUGGCGGGGCGGCCGCCGGUACGGAACUGCCGCUCGGCCCUCUCAGCAUGUCCAACCUCCUGAGACAGAAGAUGACCCGGCGAGCGCUGACACUCCUCCUCUCACCGCUCGCAGCCGUACUGCUAGUCGUCAAGCUAGGCGACCUAGCCAGGUUUUCAUGGACAUUAAACUGCAAUAACCUCGACGGCAUCAUAAGGGCAAGACUGCAAUAUCGAAGCAAGCGAAUCAAAGAAGCAUGCGAAAUUUAUGGAUUCAAGCCAGAAGGGUAUAAGUGGAUGGGCGAUGUGCACGUAGACGAUAUUGUCUGGACGAGACUACCUAAGGUCGCGACAACUUUCAUGACGACCAUUAUCCUCCGAAGAAUAUUGAAAAACGCCACAUUAGAGUGCUCCUCGAGCUGUCACGCCCGGCUGGAAGCUGCGACCUCCAGUGACAGUCGCAUUCACGAUGAACUGAUCGGUGUCCGGCCGGACGGCCCCGGCGGCUCGCUGCUCAUCGUCAGAAGGCCCUACGACCGGCUCGUCUCGGCGUUCCUCGACAAAAUAGCCGGAGAUGACCCUAUGCAGCUCUGGGAUAAAAUCAAGCGGAUAUCAGGGAGGGCGAAUUCGACGGGACCACCGACUUUCGCCGAAUUCGUCAACUUCGUGAUCUGGCAGGAUGAUACUGACGAUCUGAUGGAUGGACACUGGGAUACUCAGGAGCGUCUGAGCCGCGUGUGCGAGCGCGACUACCAGUACAUCGUGCAGCUGGAGACGCUGGAGGAGGAGCUGCCGUACGUGCUGCGCCGGCUGGGCCUGGAGACGGAGGCGCGCCACCCGGUCACCUCGCGGAACGCCAGCCCGCGCCGCUACGACACCGGCCACUACCUGGACCAGCUGACCGAGGCCCAGCUGGCCCGGCUGGACACCGUCUAUCGAAUGGACAUCAUACUGUUCAAUGGCUGACGCACGGAGCGGGAACGGCACAGUGCGCGCUCCGUUUUAAUCGUCGAAAAUAAACGUACAUGUCACCGCA